AUGAAGGAAAUACCUGAGCAUCUGUCCAGAAUGCCAGACAACACUGCCGUGAAGCAGCAAAAGUUGCCUGCCCACGAGGUGCGCUUCUCGGCCAAGUUCGUCCUCUGUAUUUUCUUUGGCACAGGAGCAUUCUGCCUUUGUGUGGGUGUUAUCCUAAUAUUAUCUGCAAAGAGGGCCAAGAAAAUAGAGAUUAAUUACACGACAAUAUGUGCCAAUUGUGCUGAACUGCGGGAAAAUCCCUUUAAUUUUAACAGAGAAUGCAGGUGCUCUAUACCAUUUUACCUUCCGGAGAUACUGGAGGGUAAUGUUCAUAUGUACUAUAAGUUGUAUGGCUUCUAUCAGAAUCUCUAUCGAUAUAUUAAAUCCAGAAGUAAUACCCAACUGGUGGGUGAGAAUAUAAAGGAUGUUAAGGAUUGUACUCCAUUCACAGUGUCUCGUGAUGGUACUCCCAUUGCUCCUUGUGGGGCUAUUGCCAACAGCAUGUUCAAUGAUACCAUAAUGCUUUCAUACAAACUUAAUUCAUCUGUACAAGUUAGAGUCCCAAUGCUAAAGAAAGGACUUACGUGGUGGACAGAUAAAUAUGUCAAAUUUCAGAAUCCAUCUCUCAAUGAUCUUCCUAGCAAAUUUGCAGGAAGCACAAAGCCCCCAAACUGGCCUAAACCAGUGUAUGAGCUCGAUAAAAACAAUCCGGACAACAACGGCUUCCUCAAUGAUGACUUCAUUGUCUGGAUGCGGACAGCUGCCUUUCCCACAUUCAAAAAACUGUACAGGAGACUCUAUCGCAUUCACUAUUUUGCUCAAGGCUUGCCGGCUGGUAAUUAUACUUUCCACAUAUCCUACAAUUUUCCAGUAACCAGGUUUGGAGGAGAAAAAUCUGUUGUUCUUUCCAUCCCGACGUGGUGUGGAGGUGGUGGCUUUUUCUUAGGGGUUGCCUACACAGUGACAGGAGCAUUAACAUGGAUGGCCUCCUUUGCUUUAAUGGCCUUUCAUUUGGCAUGGGAGAAAAAGAAAGUAACUCCCAAAGAGUAAAGUCCUGCCUUAAGAAGAAAAGCAGGAAACAGAAACCGAUGAUGAAGUAACAGAGCCAAGGAUCUUUGAUAUGGCUUGCAAUGGCAGACAUUUCAAGGAGGGGAACUAGAUCAACUGAACAAAUA